GAUCUUAUACAGUAUUAUCAACCGAAAACUAAAGCCUGCAACCCACAAAAAACCAAGAAACGAUUCUCAUUUCCAUCAAACCUUUUGUUCGAUACAUUUUUGUGAUCGUUGUAGUUUCAGACAUCAUCUCUAUUGGUCUUGGCUCUAGUUUGCAUGUGUGUUAAGAAACCAUUCCCGGCUAUCCUGGAUUGUGUUUUGUCUCCCCCUUGUUCCUUAAAUUGGAGAUUCCUAGUUUUCGAGUUUCGUGAAUUCCAUUUCUGAUUUGAUUAUUUCCCUUUGUUUUCUGCAAGCCCGACCUGAAUUCAUGGGAGUUCAAAGCACUGGGUUUCUGAAAGUGUUCGUGUGAUAUAUUCUGUCUUUCUUUUCCGCGAAGACUGUGCCUCUUUCUCAGAUAUAACCUUUAGCUGCAUCAGAAGGAAGAAAAUGGAUCGGAGCUUUCGAGAUUGGAAGGAAAAAGAAAAAGCCGUCAAUCGUGGAAGUUUUGAUUAGGAGGAAAAGGGAUAUAGCGUUCCACCUCCAAUCACCACAAAGAAGAGAAGCUUUUUGUUUAUGUAGAGACAUUUGAAAUUCAGAAAUGGAAGGUGGUCAUCAUAGUCUAGCUGGGAAGCAGGUUAGUGGUACAAGUGGUUCUUUGCAUAAAGAGAAGUUACAGGAAGCAGAUGACAUGAAAAUUGCGCCAUAUAUGGCUGCAAUUCCUCAACCGCAGACCCCACAGGAGCCUAUGGAGUUCUUGUCAAGGUCAUGGAGUAUCUCUGCUUCAGAAAUCUCGAAGGCUCUUGCUAAAAAACAGAAGCAAUCUUUCACUGCCAAGAGUCCUGACACAGUCCUAAAAUCAAUAGAUCCUUUACCACAGCUACAAGGCAAGGUCAGGAAAUCAGUUACCACUAACAGUCGGAGAAAGGGGACAAUUGGAAAAUGGUUCAACAGUGAGUUCAGUUAUAGCAUAGUGAAGAAGAAAGACAAGGAACGGGUGGAAAGGGCGCGAGUGCAUACUACGGUCUGCAUUGCAGGAGUUGCUGCAGCCUUGGCUGCUGUUACAGCAAAAGAUAACACCAGUGGCUCUCCCUCGAAAAUGAGCAUAUCUCUGGCGUUGGCCACUGAGUUGCUGGCAUCGCAUUGCAUUGAAAUGGCGGAGUCAGCAGGAGCUGACCGCGACCAUCUGGCAUCUACUGUCAGAUCUGCCCUUGACAUUCAAAGUCCUGGUGAUCUUAUGACCCUUACAGCAGCAGCUGCAACAGCAUUGCGAGGAGAGGAAGCAUUGAGAGCUAGAUUACCGAGAGAGCCAAGAAAGAUUGCGGCCAUUAGCCCCUAUGAUAGGGGAAUGUCAGAAAUUCAUUCACCUUCGGCUUUUCAUAGUCACAUGUUGGAGAAGGAUGGUCUUUGUGAUGGAGACUUGCUGCAACUUUUGGGAAAAGGUAUUCAACAAUGGAAGACUGUCUCUGUCUACAUUAACAAAAAAUCUCAGGUCGUGAUUAAACUCAAACGUAAACAGGUUGGGGGUGCCUUUGCCAAGAAGAGUAAAAGUGUUGUUUAUGGAGUCUGUGAUGAGAAUUCUGCUUGGCCAUAUAUGAAAGAAAGGGAAGUUCCAGAAGAGGUUUAUUUUGGCCUCAAAACUGGACAGGGUUUAAUAGAAUUCAAGUGCAGGAGUAAAGCUCAUAAGCAGCAAUGGGUUGAUGGGAUCAAAAAACUUCUUCGUCGAGUGAGCUCUCUUGAUGGAGCUGAGCGCUCUAUAGGACUUUUAAGCAUUAGCAGUAUAUGAUUCUCUUAUGUUAUGUACUCGAGAACAGAGCUUAUACGUUCAAGAAUACAUUUCUUCGGACCAUAAUAUGUACUGCAUUACCCAGCCGUCAUGUAUACAAGAGGAUCGUUACUGCAUUAUUGACCAUCGUGUAAACUCAUUCACAAGGGUCAAAGGCAUCAAGUAAUGUAAAU